GACUCGGGGUUGCUUGUUUCAUUGAUGAACAAAGCCCAGGUACAGAGAUAGGAAAAGGGGAAAUAGGUCUGCAGCUGUUCCAAGUGACAGCAGACGGUGCAUCAUCUGACUGACAGCGAAUGUGUUCCUGGCUGCAUCAUUGCGUGCUGGCUGAAUCAGCACACAACCCAAUGGCUAAUUGCCCUCUCUCAUCGAAACACACACAACAAAAGAAGCAGAGUACCAAAUUGAUGUUGCAUCCAGCAGUUUGUCAUACAUUUUAAGCUAAACUCUCUGAUUCAAAGAAAUUUGCUGCUCCAUCUCUCUCUCUCUCUUGCUCUCUCUCUGUCUCUCUCUCUCUCUCUCUCUCUCACAUUGCUUCUUCCCCACUUGCCGUGUGUGGCAGAUGGCACUUCAUUUGAGCUGCACAGUACAUCAGAGCAUAUUAAGCAACCAGUCUGUAAUGCUGAUCCACGACAGGAGUCAGAUAGCCAGGUAGAGCAAUCUCUUUUCAUUGUAAGGUCACAACUCCCCGACUGGAAUUGAAAGCAAAGUCCAACCACUUUCCAAGGGAGGGCUUGCUCCUGGUUCGUUUGGCAUUCCCAGUUUGUGCUGCUCGACCGGGCCUGAGGAAAAAAUAGUGUCAACAAAAAAACCUUUCAGAGUGGAAGUGCAAACAGGAACAGCUGCUCUUGCACCAUCAGCUUCAUCCCUAUCAGCUCCAACGUCGGUGAGCAGCUCUGUCAUAACACUAAAGUCACACGAUGGAGGAGAGGAGAGGAGAGGAAUAUUCAUCUAGUUGGCACAUCAUGGAUGUGAGACUACCAAAGCUUCUGCACCAAGACUGCGUGACAUCCUCAGAAUAUGGGGCACUGACAGACUGCAAUUCUCUUGCUUCAGGGAGUAAUGGACCAACAGAAUGGAGCUACAGCAACUCAGAGCCCAACUCCCUCAUGGUUUCCACACCUUGCAGUCGCUUGCCAACCUCUCCUGUUGAUUCUUGCAAAUUAUCUCCUCGGCCUGUCUCUCACACGUCCACUCAACGUGCCCGCAGCCACCUGUGUAAAACUAACAGCCUCCCUGCCCCCUCAGAGGCCAAGGGGGAAGAGUGUCAGCAGGUGAGGAAGAUCCAUUUGCGUUAUCCUGGCAGAGAGAGGCAAAAUGCCAGCGAGAGGGAGAAACUGAGGAUGAGGGGCCUGGCCAAAGCCCUGCACAACCUGAGGACCUACCUACCCCCUUCAGUGGUGCCAGCGAGCCAGAGCCUGACCAAGCUGGAGACCCUACGCCUCACCAUCCGCUACAUCUCACACCUCACCGAGCUGCUGAGGCUGAGCGAGGAGAGCCCCUCAGAGGGCAGUGACACUGAGGGCACCUACCAGGGCUACCCUCAGGACCUGGGCUACUGUCAGAACAAGUCAGAGAGCCCUCAACCAGAGUGUCUGUCACAUCCAGAUGACUCUCUAAUGAAGAACGAACGUCACAUGCUAUCAGGCCUUCAAGAUGUGGCACUCUGUCAGAGUUUCACCGAGAACAAUGGGAAUCUGCAGCUGGUCCCCUGGUAUCCAUGGCAACAUUAAGACCCCACUGGGCCUGACAUAUUCUGAGAAAUUAGUCACUCGAUAACGAUAUUAAGUUAAGUAUUUUUUCAUGUAGAUGUUUAUUUUGUUAAG